GCUUUUCAGUGAAUCUUUUCAAGAGGACUUGGAGACAAUAUUCAAUGCAUUACCACAGAAGAGACAAAACCUGUUGUUUUCUGCCACAAUCACUGAGGACGUAAGAGAGUCAAAGUUGCUUCCACUAAAUAAAGAGAAACUGCUAAUAUGGACGGAGUCAGACCCUCAGCUGACGGUGUCCACGCUAGACCAGCGGUACGUGGUGUGCCCGGCGUAUGCCCGCGACGUCUAUCUCGUGCAGACGUUGCGGAAGUACCGCGAGACCAAGCCCAGUUCGCACAUCAUCGUGUUUACGGAUACUAAGAAAGAAUGUCAAGUGAUCUCGAUGAUGAUGAACGCCAUAAGCAUGGACAACGUGUGCCUACACGGGUUCAUGCGUCAAAGAGAGCGCAGCGCCGCCCUAGCGCAGUUCCGGAGCAACCUGAAGUGCACGCUCGUGGCAACUAAUGUGGCGGCGCGAGGUCUCGACAUACCUUCUGUGGACCUGGUGGUUAAUCAUAAGCUACCGCUAGAACCUAAGGAGUAUGUGCACAGGGUGGGCCGCACGGCUCGCGCGGGCCGCAGCGGGCUGGCCAUCUCGCUGAUAACGCCGUAUGACCUGCUGCGCCUCGGCGAGAUCGAAGCACACAUCAACACCAAGCUCACCGAGUACAAGAUCGAUGACGACGAAGCCGUGCGAGUAUUCACGACAGUCAGCGUGACGCGCCGCGAGCAGGAAGCCAAGCUCGACAACGAGGAGUUUGAGCAGCGCGCGCGCAACUACCGCGUCAAGCGCUGGCGCAUGGCCGGCGUGGACCCUGACCUCAUGCAGGAAGGGUCAGUAUCGCGCGGCGCUUGA